UGGCCUGGCCUAUCUGCAUUUGCCAGUUCGGCUCGCCCUCUUUCUUCCCUGUCGUGACUCGGAAACGAACUCACUGGAAGAAAGAAGCGAACAACCGAUCGCAGCGCCGCACCGCAUCGCACCCAUCACCGCUUUCGAGGAGCGAGGUCCGCAUUCCGUGGGAUCGGGAGGAGAGGUCGGGAUGGCCGGGGAUCGUCUGAGCUGGGCGAGGCUGCUCAAAUGGAGCCUCUCCUACAUCGACGGCGCGCGGCCUUCUCGCGCCAUCAGCGAGGAGGAGCGGAUGUGGCUGGCGGAGGCGGUGGAGCGGCACAUGGCGGCCGACGUGGUGAGCCGCAUGAGGGAGAUCGCGCUGCUCAUGAGCACCCCGCCCUCCGUCCUGGAGGCGCAGGGCAUAACUCCUGACGACAUCGAAGGUUUGCUGGCUGAGCUACAGGUACAUGUGGAGUCUAUCGACAUAGCGAAUGAUCUGCAUUCUGUUGGUGGCUUGGUUCCGGUUAUCAAGUACCUCAGGAAUUCUAAUGCUCGUAUCCGAGCUAAAGCGGCAGAUGUGGUAACAACAGUUGUUCAGAACAAUCCAACUAGUCAGCAGCUGGUCAUGGAAGCUAGUGGUUUUGAGCCCCUCUUAUCUAACUUCAUAUCAGAUCCUGAUCUCACUGCUCGCAUAAAAGCUCUUGGUGCGCUAUCAUCCUUGAUCCGGAACAACAAACCUGGAGUUGCUGCAUUUCGUCUAGCCAAUGGAUAUGCAGGACUGAGAGAUGCAUUGAGCUCAGAGAGUGCCAGGUUUCAGAGGAAAGCACUGAACCUGACUCAUUAUCUGCUCAGUGAAAGCCAUUCCGAUUGCUCGGUAUUUGCACAGCUAGGUUUCCCCCGUGUCAUGAUGACUUUGGUAUCCAGCAAUGACUCUGGUGUUCGAGAAGCAGCAUUAGGAGGCCUGCUUGAGCUUGCAAGGGACACAACUCUAGGAAAUAGAAGUUUACUAGCAGACCAGGACAGGCUUCGACGUCUUCUAUGGAGACGUAUACAAAGCAUAAGGAUGAUGGCUCCUGAAGAUCUGGAUGCUGCACGAGAGGAGAGACAACUUGUGGACUCAUUGUGGAUUGCAUGCUACCAUGAACCAUCUACACUUCAGCAGGAAGGGCUCCUUGUUUUGCCUGGGGAGGAAUCUUUCGAGCAACCUCCUGAUGUGGCAGGUAGGUUCUUUGAGCCACUGCGCCGACAAUCAGUAGGCAGGGCACCUCCUGAUGAGAGAUCAGAGCCAGUAAGUGGAACUGUGGGAGGAAUGAUGAUGCUCUUAGGUCCCGCACCAGGCAACUCACUGAGUAACUGAUCACUGAACCGCGGCGACCACAUGAAAAGGAGACUGGGAGUUUACUGUCCUUUGUAUAGUUAUGUCAGUGCUAGUAGCUCUAUCAUGUUUGUUGUUUGUUAUUCCGAGACUAGUAAGUAAAUAAUAUCCCAGUUUCAGGAAGGAAAUGUAAGUGAUGUGGCUGUUUCGUGUUAUGUAUAUUGUGCAAUUUGCAACGCCAUGUAUGAUCGGAUGCUUGAGUAUGUAGUUGUAAAUGUGUGGCGUAUUUCUGUCUAAA